CAUAGAAAAUAUUAUACAUACUUCAUAGCUAGAUUCCCUUAUAGUUAACCACACUUGUGAUUUUGCCGAAAGCACGUGGAUCGUUAUAGAAAUAAAAUGGCAACAAUAAUGGAAUUAAUUAAUUUUUUUGAUCACGAAUCAAAAGAGUAUGAAGAAUUCUUGCAACACUUAAUAUGUUUUAACGGAGAUAUACCAUUUGAUGUAGAAGAGGUUGAAAAAGUACAGAAUGUCAUUGUAUCGACUGUAAAUGCCUAUUUAAAUCAAUCACAAACUCGAUGUAAAGGUUUAUUGAUUUUGGACACGAUCUUACCACAAUGCUCGAAAGAUAUUCUUUUAAAAUAUUGCAUACUAUGGAUGUCAAAAGCUACCCAAGUAUUAGAUAGUAUCCAUAGUACGCCACAAGAGUUAUCCAUUUCUUGUAAAGUUCUUGGACAACUGAUUAUCAGAUCAAAAGAUAUUCCUGAGAUACAAAAACAAGUAUCUAUGCAAAAUGUAAAGCAGCUUAUCAAUGUAAUUAGUAACUUGAGUACAGAAAAGAAAUGUGGUCCGGUAUAUUAUUUAAUUGCUGUAUUAUUACAUCGAUAUCCAGAAGUUUGUGAACGUUCUCAGGUGACUAUAAAAAAAAUUAUACUACUACAAGUUGAUUCUACGCAAGAAAAUCUGGUUUGCGCCAGUGCAAAAUGCUAUGCCCUUCUGGCAAAAGCAACAGAGCGUUCGUUUAAACCUCCACCUUCGAAACCAAAUUAUACUGGAUGGAUAUAUAACCAAGCGCUUAUUUGCAAUAGCUUACAUGUAAUAAUGGAUGAAUUAUUUUCAAACUUGACAGAAUUAGAAAAUGUGAACAUAUGGGAUAAAUUAGAAUUACCUAAUAUAUCUGAAGAGAAUAUCAUUCAAUUCUAUUUUACACAGAAACAAAGAUUUUCGAACUUGUGUUCUUAUUUAUCAUUUAUGUUAUGCGGAGUUGAUGACAAAAAUUCAGUAUUACCGCAUGAGAUCUUGAAGGUUUUAUGUAGAGGAUUAGCGAUACAACCGUCAAACAUAAAAAAUCAAAAUUCUGUCAAAGAACAGAUUUUAUAUCUUAUUUUACCAAAACUACAUAUUGCUUUAUUCAAUGUUUUGAAUUCACUAAUAAAUGGAUUUAAAGAACAGUUAGUAUCGUAUGGAUCGACGAUAUUGGAACUGCUUCUUCAAACAUUGCAAUGGACAGAGAAUGCUUUAGAAAACCAGAUAACGAUUAAUAGAAACAAACCAUUUAGAAAUGUAAGGAUAUCUGUUUAUAAAUGUCUGAACUCUUGGUUAAUGAAUACUAAUUCAUUAUCUGGUAUAGAGACAGUUGCGGAUGAAUAUCUUUCUUCUAUAUUAAAAGAUAUUGUACCAGAAAAAGAUCGUGUUUUAUUGACUAUUCAAAAAACACAAAAUUUAUCAAAAAGAGCAUUGAAGCGUCUCCGAGAUAGUCAAUAUGAGAAGGGUAUACAUUUGAGUAAUGGAAUUGCUUCUAAUAAAGAGCAUUAUCUGGAUACGGAUGUAUGUAAAGUGGCUCUUGAUGUAUUGCAAAAUGUAUUUUUCAAUAGUGGAACUCUUUUAAAACAAACAUUUUUUAAGACUGUACAAAAUAUUGUAAUACCUUUGCUGUAUGACUGUUAUUUGAGCACAACUGAACAAAAAUUUUAUAAAGAACAUACUCACUGUCGUUUGUUACUAUUUAGAGUAUUGAGAGCUCUGCAAAUGAAUCCACAUUCCUUAACGCCUUUACCUACGCAAUACUCUCUAGAGAUAUUUGAAAUGGCUUUGAAUGAUAAUAAUUUAGAUAUUAUUCAAGAAGCCAAAGUGGCAUUGGCCGAACUUGAAAAAAUCACGCAUCCUCAUGCUCCAACUAUUCAACUAACUCAAGUAGAGACAAUACAAAAGGAAUUUGUCACCGAUGAACAAAUUGUACAAGGACACAGCACAAUGGAAAACGUACUUUCACCUUUUGUUGAAACUAUCGCAGACGAAGGUGUAGAACCAUCGCCAAAUAAAAAAUUAAAAGUUACAAAUUCACAUCAUAAUGAAAUUGCUGAACCUGGGACAGAAAAUACUACUGAAGAUAAACUGCAUAUUACACAAACAAACAAAGAUAUUGUAAAAGAACAAGAUAACACGAUAAAAGAACAAAUAACAGUUACAAUACAGAAUAAAGAUAUUAUAGAAAGUGAACAAGCUGCACAAAUUUCUGACGAAUCAGUAAAUGAAACUGCUUCAAUGACAGUCGUGUUUAGUGAUACAGAAAUACCGAGAUCAAUGUCAUCAUUGAACGUUAUUAAACAAACUGACGGUAUUUGUAUUGAAAAUACGAAUACAACAGGAGAUAUUAAGCGUAGCUCGGAAAAUAUUUCUAGAAUAUCUGAAGUAAAUAAAGAGCAUUUUGCACAAGAAAAAGAGGAAGAAGAAAUGCUGCAAUUGUUCCAGGAUGUACCAAAGAAUGACAGUUAAUCACAUCCAUUUUGAACAUUUUAAAUUCGCGCUAAAUAUAUUGUUAUUUUAUGCUUCCCGUGCAUUACGUACAUAUAGCUAUAAUAUUUUAAUCUUUUAUAUAGAAUUGUACUUAUGGAUUAUACAUAUAUUUGCCUGCUGAAAUUUCUUUCCAAAUAUAAUUU